AUGGGCCUAGGAGAGGACACGACUACUUUUUCGAGAAGAAAGAAGAAGAAGGUCCAACAUUCGUCUUCGCCAAAGCUGUCGGACUCUUCUUUUAGUGAGAUAAGAUUUACAACUGGCGAGCUGGAGAUGGCCUUUGGGAAGACGAUGCUAAAGAGGCAGCUUUUUGAUGUCGUAAAGGAUAGGGAUGAGCUGAAGGCUGAGGAUGCUCAGUUGCAGGCAGAGAAUGUGCGACUGGGGGAGGAGGUCUCUAAUAUGGUGACUAUCAUGCGAGCAUGA